CUUUCGAGCCGGUCUCGUGAUGACGGCAGCUGGCGACGGGAAUGUUGUUGUGAAGAUGGCGGAUGAAGUGGGUGACGGAAUCCGCUCCGGGCCGCCGCUGCCGAGAAAUAGUUCGAGUACCGGCUCAGCCGGUCUCCCAUCUCCUGGGGUCAAUUCAGGGCCCAGACUAGUACGAAUUGUCAAAUCGGAUUCGGGGUAUGGAUUUAACGUUAGAGGCCAGGUGAGCGAAGGGGGUCAGCUCCGGAGUAUCAACGGCGAGCUAUACGCACCGCUGCAGCACGUCAGUGCCGUCCUGCCCGGGGGAGCCGCAGAUCGAGCUGGGAUCUCCAAGGGGGACCGCAUUCUGGAAGUGAAUGGUGUAAACGUGGAAGGUGCAACCCAUAAGCAAGUAGUGGACUUAAUCCGUGCUGGAGAAAAAGAGCUUCUGCUAACUGUCCUGUCAGUACCACAACACGAAGCAGAUAGUUUAGAUCCUGGGGAUGAUUCAUCUGGCCAGUCCUUUUACGACUACACUGAGAAACAGGCUGUGCCCAUUUCUAUUCCCACAUACAAGCAUGUUGAGCAAAAUGGAGAAAAAUUUGUGGUAUAUAACAUAUACAUGGCGGGUCGGCAAUUGUGUUCAAAGCGGUACCGUGAAUUUUCUAUUCUGCAUCAAAACCUGAAGAGAGAGUUUACCAAUUUCACCUUCCCAAGGUUGCCAGGCAAGUGGCCCUUCUCCCUUUCUGAGCAGCAGUUGGAUGCGCGUCGACGUGGUCUAGAAGAAUACCUGGAGAAAGUUUGUUCUGUACGGGUGAUUGGAGAAAGUGACAUCAUGCAGGAGUUUCUUUCAGAGUCUGAUGAGAAUUAUAAUGGAGUAUCAGAUGUUGAACUUCGAAUAGCACUACCAGAUAAAACAACCAUUACAGUCAGAGUGAAGAACAGCACCACAGACCAGGUCUAUCAGGCAGUCGCCUCUAAAGUGGGCAUGGACAGCAUUACUGCAAGUUACUUUGCACUGUUUGAAGUUAUCAAUCACUCCUUUGUUCGGAAGCUGGCUCCCAAUGAAUUUCCUCACAAGAUAUACAUUCAGAACUACACCUCUGCGAUGCCAGGAACUUGUCUUGCAAUCAGGAAAUGGCUAUUCACUACAGAGGAGGAAGUGUUGUUAAAUGACAAUGACCUCGCCAUUGCAUAUUGCUUCCAUCAGGCAGUAGAUGAUGUAAAAAAAGGCUACAUUAAAGUUGGGGAGAAGGCCUACCAGCUUCAGAAACUGGCAGAGCAGAGAAAAAUGGGAAUGUAUCUGAAUAUUGUUCGUUCUUGUGAAGGAUACAAUGAAAUUACUUUCCCUCACUGUGCAUGUGACUCAAGGAGAAAGGGGCACGUGAUCACCGCAAUUAGUAUUAAGCACUUUAAACUACUUGCCUGCACUGAAGAAGGACAGUUGGAGAACCAGGUAAUUGCGUUUGAGUGGAAUGAGAUGCAGAGGUGGGAUACAGAUGAGGAGGGCAUGGCAUUCUGUUUUGAGUACGCACGUGGCGAGAAGAAACCACGAUGGGUCAAGAUCUUCACUCCAUAUUUCAACUACAUGCAUGAGUGCUUUGAGAGAGUAUUCUGUGAACUCAAGUGGCGAAAGGAGGUGGAAGAGGAGGUGACUGACAAGGACAACAAGAACUGCAGUAAAGAUGAAUAUCUUCCUGCUGUUGAGAUCAAACAGAAGGGAUGGUGCCACCUAGGAGGAGAGAUCGCAACAUCAUAAAAGCAAAAAAGAUAAAUCAUUAGUUUCAAAAAUCCACGGACAUGGAAGAAAAAAAUAUUGAGCAAUGAGAUUUAAACAUUAAGAACAUCCUAGGUGUUGUCUUCAUUGAGUACUUAAACCCAGGCCAGAAUUGUCCUCGAAUCAACGGUAUCAUUGGUCAAAUGUCAUUUGUCAUUUACGGCAUCCUGAACUGAAGGGAAGUGUGAGAGGACGCUCAAAAGGUGUUCGAUAGCCUCUCACAGGUCCUGGCUCACAUGGAGAUAGGCAGAAUGUGCCCAGCAUAGUGCCUGGAGGCUAAGUGGGGCACCACAGAGUGGAACAAAGCAGAGAUCAAAUGCUAAGGAUUAUAUUGGGCCUUUAAAAGUGUGAACCUAGAACCAGAAGGUAACACAAGUAGCAGAUCUGCACCUUUUCUGCACUUCACAAAAGAUGGCACCGUUGUUCAGCAACAAGCUUCAAGUAGGUGAAUGUGUCCAAGGAUGUGUUUGAAAGAGCAAUGGUGGAAAACAUUUCGCUGUAUCUCAUCCAAGCAGCUGCUAUACUUAGAACACUAAAAUUUUGUAUUACAGGUUCUUCUUUCUGGAUUUCUGUCCUGCCUGUACCUUCAGCAAAUCUUUGUUGUAGUUUCAUGCUGAUUUGAUCUAAGACCUUCUGUAAAUAGGGAAAACGUUCAGAAAGAGUCCUCAAGUGAAAGGUUUUUUGUUUGAAGUUUUGUUAACUUUUUGUCUUAUUUUUGUGUUUUCGAGUUUGGUCCAGAUCGGGUAAAUUGAAGUAGACAGGCAUUACUAGUACUGUAGGGAUUCAAGAGUUUCUUGGGAAAACGGCCCCCGUGAAUUACAUGUUAUGUCUCAAAUGCUUUACCAGGGGCUUUCUUGCUCUGUAGUAAUUGCAAACCAAGAAAAAAAUUAGCUAAAUUGUUAAGGAAACUGAAGCUACUUAUAUGUCAAUCUCCUGGUUUUGUUGUUACCUUUUCUUUCUCAAUCCCUAACUGAUUUCAGACAAAACAGUGAGGACCACAUAUUUAAGCACUGAAAUAUGGAAUUACGCUAUCCGAUGAAACCUGUAAAAAAAAAUUUAUCAUAUGAAGCAAAGAUUCUUCUACAAAAAUGACAAGUGGAGACCUUUUUUGUCGUAAGUUGUACACACCAACCUUUUUUUAAUUUAUUCUGUGAGUUAAUGACAUUAUGGCCUUAAUCUGUUUCUAGCAUUGGCCCUCUGGAAUGUUUUUGCUUAGACGCUAUCUCAUUGCUCAACAUCCCCAUCUGCACCCAGUCAUCUGGGUGAGGUGCUUGAUCAGGAGGAAGAAGUUUCAUUGGUUAUAAAGGCUACUUUGCAUAAUGUUGCUGUACUUUGAGUAUUUUUUUUUUCUGCACUAUUUUAAAUGGCUUCCAAUAUAAAGUAAGUUGACGAGAAACUCAAAACAGGGAGGUAGGGUGUGUUCCAUACACAAGUUACUAUUUAUAAGCAACGAAUAAAGUUACUAACACGAAAGUGCCAAAAAUCCAGCAAAUCAUCCGCUUCCACAAUUCUCUUUGGCAGGAGCAGCCCUCCUCUUUUUUUUUUAAUAUUAGAAACCCCAAGACAGGAUAAGAGAGAGAGAGAUGACUUACUUGAAGAGCUCUGUCAUUUUACAGAUUUCACAGCAGGUAAGGUGCUGGAAGCAGCCUGGUCAAAAAAAAUCACAUACUGAAGUGAGGUUUUUUUUUUUUUUUUUUUUUUUAACUUAAUGCAUCACAUUCAUUGAAGUCAGCAGGAAAAAAUAUAUGUAAUCACAGUUACUGCACACAAAUGGAUUUGCAAAGAUCCCCUGCUGAGUACUUGACUUGGCCUGGCAGUCUGAGGCUGCUUGCCAGAAUAGUAUUACUUAACAUUUUCAUCACCAAAGAAUGUACAAGCUGCUUUUUUUAUCCUUAACAUUUCUAUAGUAUUUCCAAGCCAGUUUUGGUAGUUCAUGGAUGUCAAAGCAGUCAGACUACUGUACAUGAUUGCCGUUUGUGCACAGCCUUUUGUGACUCCAUACUUGUUUUUAUUUUAUGCAUCUGGAUCUUAUUACUGCUUUGAUAUCCUGUAGUAUGCCUCACAUAUUUAAUGCACCCUUUUGUGAAUAAAAGACCAUAGAAAAGACUUUGUAUGUACAAGCACUCCUUAUUUUAAUGCACAAUAUCUAUAGUACAGAGCAAUUUAUUGGACCCAGACAUCUGUCAGGAACACUUUGUGGUGUUCUAUUCUUUCCUGUAUGUUUUUACUGCUGCUGUAUCCAGAUGUUAAUUUCUCGCCUUCUUUGCUCCGUGGCAGUUUUACAGAAUUCCCUAUCCUGCCGCUCAUAUAAUAAACUGCAGAAUGGCAGGUGUCCCCAGCAUUGAGAGUUUGCUCUGUGACUUGCACAUGGUUUGUUUGAGAGCUGACGUUUUUUUCAUGGAGCCACAACUCAGCAAGAAAACUAUUCAUCUUGAAGUCAUUCUUGCUUUUAAAGAUGUUUCUAAUUUUUAAUUUGUGGAUAUUGUGUCAAGAGUUUUCUUCAUAAGCUGAAAUUGACUGACUUCUGGAUUUAAAGGAAAAAACAUGUUUAACCUUGGCUUACCUUCUGCUUACUCUUUUCUUCAGUGAAAUGUUAAGUGUCCAACUACAAAGAAACUGCUCUCCGUUUCCUCUUCUGUAUUUUCAGUGCCUUGAUUUUUAGGGGCUGUAAAGGUACACAAAUACACAUCCACCACUCAUCGUGAGACAGGCAAGCUUUAAUGGAAUGCUGCCUUAAUCAAUGAGAAAAGCCCUUAAUCAAGGUAAAAGUCCAUCGGUUAUCAGUGCGCUCAGUAACAAAUGAGCUUGUUCAUUGGACUUGAAGUCUUUUUCUGCUGUCAGCUUUGGGGAAGUUAUCUGUGUUGAUCUGCUUAAGCAGAGUUUUCUCUCUGAGGGCCGUGCUGAUGCCGAAUAUUCACCAGCUGGCCUGUCCCUCAGGGCUGUAAACUGUUGAGGCUGGAUUGAGAGGCUAACCCGUGCAAGCUGGACGCUGACUGAUUAAUGCACCAAUGCUCACUAACAGACUCCCUAGCAGAAACCAACUGAGCACUCCUGUCAGCUUUGUCCUGUAGAGUUCAGAACCUACACUUCAAAAAGCCAGGCACUGCUGGAACAUCCGGAGAUACACAAAUCCAGAGCUGUCAUACUUCUGAAAAGGGCAGCAGUUAGCAAAAAUAGAUCUACAAUAAUCCACAAUAAAAUAAAUCCUUAGAUAAAUCUUGACAGUCAAUUCUUAAGACUGACAGAAUUCACUUUGAGAAACGUUUUUCUUUUUAAUGGACGCCAUUUAAAUUCCUUCAAACAUUUCACAGAUCUUACAGAUUGGUGGACUAAUAGAGUUACCAGUUUACUUCUCAGGGUUAACCAGACAUGUGAAAUGAAGCCAGCUGUCAAUGAUCCACGAGCUGGGCAUCCAGACACUUUGACAGAGCGCCCAGCUCAACAUGUCUGAUUUUGAUCUUGGGCAUGCAGGCAACGUCAGUCCUUGAAUGAGCAUGUUAAAAAUGAAUGAAAAGGAAUUAUUUAAAGUAAAGUUACAUCUUGACAUCACUGGAAUAUUUUCUGAGCAUCUUCUGCCUUUUUAUUGUUGAUCAGUGGGAGAUUUUGGUUAAGAUGGAAGCGCAGAGUACAGCACCACAAAUGCAGUUUUUGUCUUUAUUGUGUUUAAAAUUAGAGCUUUUCUAAGUUUGAGAAAAUGUGCAUAAAUGGAAAAAAGCGAGAGAAAGAGAUGUGACUGUGCUUAUGUGGGUUGAUAAAAAGACAUUUUCUUAUGGUGCCCCAAAAAAGACUGUUAGCCAGAUAGUUUAAGAAACUGAAAUCUUAUAAACUGAAGAAAAGCGAGACCUUCUGGGACAGAAAACUGCGGCACCAGUUGUGGGUUUGGUGUGUUUGAGCUUAUUCUUCGAGCAAGUCACUCUAGCAGUUUGCUCACAGGAGACAUUUGUCACUGGCUACUUACACAGACAGGGUUAUUAUGGACCUUUAUAGAUACUCGCAUUUUAUAGUUUUGAUGUGUUUUGUAAAAUGAAAAUCAUGUUCUGAUGGCACAGACUCGUGGUGUUUCACUCUCUUUAAUCACGAUUGUGUAAUUUGAUGUUGGUGCUAGGAAGCACAGGCUUCAUUUCAAAGCAGAGAUGUUUGGAUGCACUGGAUUUUAGUGCAGCCCCCCAUAAUUGUACCCCCAAAAUAGUCGUUGCCAUUACUGGCUGGGUGCUUUGCACUCCUAAGUACUAAAAGAAACAACCAGACUGCUUGAUUUACUGUUUCCCAAAAAUUUGCUUUUUAUAACAGCUUGGGUGGAAGCAGUUGUUGGGUAUUACAAUUCUAGAUAUGGCAGUGUCACCAUUUGGCAUUAAAAGUGUUGCCUCUGUAACUGGCAUUCUAGACAAAGCAGUGAUUUCAGUGCCUGUUCUAAAUGUUAUUUUUGUUAAUCGAGAUCCCAUAGCCUCAUGCCAUCAUAUCCUCCUUCAUUUUGUUCAAGAUGCAUACUGUAGCACCAAGAAAAGGAAGAGAAUCCUUGUGCAUUUCUUAAUUAGUUGGCAUUUUUAUCAUCUUGUGACGGUGGGCCCGGUCCAGCCUGCGCCUGGGGUGGCUCUCCAGUCCCCUCCGGCUGCAGCCUUACACUGUCCCUCUAGCAGCAUUCUGACCAGACUGCAAUCCUGCACUGUUAAAAUUUAUUUGAAAAAAUUCUAAUUGUGUUUUCAUCAUGGUAUGUUUGUUUGUGAUCUGUUUAAAAAAAUGUGAAAAGAUUAAAGAAAAAUUCUAACAGUGUUUAAUUUCUUGUUUAACAAAAAAAAAAAUGAAAAAAAGAAAAAUACCUAACUGCUCUAAAUAGACAGAAGAAGAAACCUGUUUGGUAAUGUCACUUAGUGUAAUAAAUUGUAACAUAUUCUUUUAAAUAAAAUGAUUUAUUGAUGA